AGCAGCGGACUCUUGACACAAAACCCUGAAAAGUCGUUCUUCAGUACGAUUUUUGGUAUAUAUCCUCGGGUUUCCUGCGUAAUUGAACAAUUAAACUGUGUAUUCCACUCCUGGUUGUUGCUCGCCACGAUGUUUGUCACGGACAUACGGAAAGAAUUUUAUGAAGUUGUUGCCAACCAGAGAGUGGCACUCCUGGUGGCAUCAGAUAUCGAUGCUUUGUGCGCCUGUAAAAUACUUCAGGCCUUGUUCCACUGCGAUCAGGUUCCAUAUACCCUUGUGCCAGUGGCAGGAUGGCAGGACCUUGGCACUGCCUUCCUUGAACACAAAGAGCAAUUCAAAUACUUUGUUCUCAUCAACUGCGGUGCCAACGUUGACCUUCUGGAGAUGCUACAGCCAGACGACGACUCCAUCUUCUUCAUUUGUGACACUCACCGGCCUGUGGAUGUUGUUAACGUCUACAAUGAUACUCAGAUAAAACUGCUGAUAAAACAGGACGACGACUUGGGUGUGCCCCCCUAUGACGAAAUCUUCCGCGACGAUGACGAUGAGGAAGGAGACGAUUCUGGAAAUGAAAGUGACGAAGGCUCCGAGCCGUCUGGCAAGCGGAGGAGAUUUGAUGAGGGGGCAGUUGAGAGAAGAAUAGAGAGGCAGCGAGAGAAGAGGGAAUGGGAAGCACGAAGGAGGGAAAUUUUGUUUGACUACGAGCAAUAUGAAUACCAUGGGACUUCUGCAGCAAUUAUGUUUUUUGAGCUGGCCUGGAUGUUGACUAAAGACACUAAAGACAUGCUCUGGUGGGCCGUCAUCGGACUAACGGACCAGUGGGUUCACGAUAAAGUCACACAUAUGAAGUAUGUGACCGACAUUGCCACGAUGCAGCGACAUGUUUCCCGACAUAACCACCGUAACGAGGAUGAGGAAAACUCACUUUCCAUUGACUGCGUGAGGAUCUCCUUUGAAUACGACCUGCGUCUCACCCUCUACCAGCACUGGUCUUUGUAUGAGAGCAUCUGUAAUUCAUGUUACACCUCCUGCCACUUCAAGCUUUGGACGUUAAAUGGCCAGAAGAAGCUGCAGGAGUUCUUGGCUGACAUGGGGUUACCUCUGAAACAAGUGAGGCAAAAGUUCAUCUCCAUGGACAUGUCCAUCAAAGAGAACCUGCGGGACGUCAUUGAAGAGUCUUCUAAUAAAUAUGGCAUGAAAGAUAUCCGUAUCCAGACAUUUGGUGUCCACUUCGGCUUCAAGAACCGUUUCCUGGCCAGCGACAUGGUGCACGCUACCACAGCGCUACUGGAGAGUACGGAGAAGGACGAGAAUGACACAGACAACUUCAUAAAGGCUCUGGACUCUCUUUCAAGGAGUAACCUGGAACGUCUACACUCAGGCAUGGAACUGGCUAAGAAGAAGCUGAUGGCCAUACAGCAGACUGUUGCCAGCUGCAUCUGCACCAACCUCAUUUUGUCCCAGGGACCUUUCCUCUACUGCUACCUCAUGGAGGGCACCCCAGAUGUCAAGCUCUUUUCAAAGCCCAUGGCUUUGACUCUGCUUUCUAAGUACCUCCUUAAAGCAUUUGUCCAUUCAACGAGGAAUAAGCGAUGCAAACUCCUUCCUCUCAUCAUGGCUGCCCCGAAAGAUGUGGAGAAAGGGACCAUCCUCAUUGUGGGAAUCCCACCUGAGUCAGAGACCUCUGACAAGAAAAAUUUCUUUGGCAGAGCAUUUGACAAAGCUGCAGAGAGCACCAGCUCCAGAACUCUCCAUGACCACUUUGACACGUCCAUCAUUGAGCUGAAGACAGAAGACCGCAGCAAGUUCCUGGAUGCGCUAAUCACCCUCUUGUCCUGAGACUUUCGUGUAUGUGAGUGUGACUGACAUGUUUGUACAAGUCUGAAUGCUGUUAGUCUGGUGUGAUAUGAGUAGCACUAAUCUGAAUAUUUUAUCCGUCUUUUAGUUUUUAAUGUUUUUAAUCUGUGUAUAUUGUACAGUGGGUUUGUACAUGUGUGGGUGUCUUUAUUUGUGCUCCUAAAUGCAGAACAUUUGCCAUUCUUUGUUCUUGUCUGCCUGUCAGACUUUCAUUAAA